UGCAUGCACACGGAUCCCAUCGUCUACCACCAAACUAGCCCACCAAAUCUCCUUUCCACUUUCUACCUACCUCCUCGCAUCCGUCGCAGUCGCCGGUUGUUUCACUCAUUCGAAAUUUCGUUCCACCACGUGCGAUCCCUUUCGGUUAUUUUCUAGGGUUUCCAAAAAUCAUCGGUCGCAAAUCAGUAUUCUCGGGCGAACUGGUCCCCUUUUCGCUAGCGUUCUGAGUUGUUCAAGCUAACAGAUAGCGCUACGGUCUGCGCAUAAUUCAAUCAAGGAGAGCAGCAGCGGAUUUAGAGUUUUCAAUCGGCUCUUUGUCCAAGAUAAAUGUCAACCUCCAGUGAGCACACAAGUUCGGACAUGGGGGUGAACAGUGGUAGAACAGACUUGAAGGAUGUCUCUAGCCGCUCGUAGGGUUCAAAAUCCCGCAACAAGGAGAGAUUCGUCAAAUGAUGAUCUGGUGUUCCCUCCAUACCUUGUUAGGCGCUCUGGAAGGAACAAAGCACCCAAACGGCAACUUACUAGGCAAAUAUAUGAUGACCAUCUACCGAGGAAGUGCCAAGCAGUGGGCAAAAAGAUAAAGGCUGCUACUGGAAAACAACAGCUGCUGUGAACAACACAACGCUUAUAAUGUCGUUGUCGGACAUGGUAAAGGAAAUGUUAAAGGAUUUGGGUUUUGGUUCGUUGCUGAUAAUGAAUAUAGAAGGCCUUGAGGAUAGGGUGCUUGGGGCAUACUUGCUUUCAAGUGUACAAGAUAAUCCUCUGCGCAUUAAAGUUGGUGGGCGCUCAAUGUCAAUAACAGCUCAAGUUGUCCACCUCGUCACUGGUUUGCCAAUGGGACAAAAUGCGAGUCAAAAGGCAUGGCUGAUAUAUUCAGAGCCGAUUGUCAAAAGGGCAUGUCUGCUUUUAAGAAGCUGAGCAUGAAUGAGUCUCAAUAUAUCCGAGGUAGAUUAUGCCCCUAUCGAAGACAUGAACAUAUCAAAGGAAUAUGACUAAUGUCAAUCCAUAUGUGACGGUCUAAAGACCAAGGCAGACAAGUUCUGGGCUGACAGAUUGGGAAAAUCGUCGACACCCACUAUACAAGGAUGCAUUAUUUUCCUGAUUGUCAUAUUUUUUUCUUUUCGCUACUUAGAUCCAGUAAUUGUUAUUAGUAGUGGUAUUUUUGUAUAUUUAUGCAUCAAGUUUUUCUAGUAUUAGUAAUAGCUAGCACUAUUAGUAAUACUCUCUACCUAGUAUCAGUAAUAGUAGUAGUAGUGAUCUGAAUAAUAGUGUAUCAAGUUUUAUAGUCUUUGUAUUAGUUAGUCGUGGCAGUAACACUUACCAAAUAGUUUUUUAGUAAUAUUUUCUAUUGUGGUAGUAAUACCCACUAUAUACUCUCAUUAAUAGUUAGUAGUGCUAUUCUGAAC